GUGCAUCGCGCCUAGUUUAAUGCAUGACGUAUUACGUGGGUCACUGAUCUCAAUAUAAUAUUUUCAAUUUAAUAUAAACCAAAGCAUAACUUAGCCAUAAGCAACCAGCCAUCUCUUGAGGUUGAGGCUAUAGAAAUGAGUCUAUCGCGAUGUGCUAUAAGCCAUUGCCGCAAAUACCCCGCCUCUCUUCGCUUAUUCUAUAGUGCAUCUGAUAAUUCAUCCCGGCGUACUCGGUUGUUGCCGCUGCGGAGCUCAAGGACUUAUUCUUCUCAGCAUGGUAACGAUCCGAGGCUGAAAGAUCUUGGAAAACAAAUAUAUGAUGACUAUGCCACCAUAAGAGAACAUUACGCUACUCCUAAAUAUCCAGUGGUCCUCGCGCAUGGUUUAUUAGGUUUUGCCGAACUUCACCUUGCUGGAGGAUGGCUCCCUGGCAUUCAUUAUUGGCGCGGCAUCACAGAUGUAUUGAGAGCUAAUGGGGUUGAAGUCAUAACAGCAACUGUGCCUCCAUCCGGAAGUAUCGAGCAAAGAGCUGAGAAGCUAGCUCAUAGCAUUGCCGAUGUUGCGCGGGAUAAGAGCGUGAACAUCAUUGCGCACUCUAUGGGCGGACUCGAUGCUAGAUACAUGAUUUCCCAUCUCCAACCUAAGAAUGUGGAUGUGAAAUCUCUAGUCACCGUCGCUACUCCACAUCGAGGGAGCGCCUUUGCGGAUUAUAUAUUCAAAGAGAUCGGCGCAGACAGACUUCCAAGCAUAUAUCAACUUGUUCAACGCGUAGGCAUGGAUACAGGCGCAUUCGAGCAACUCACGCCGGCAUAUAUGACAGAAAGUUUCAACCCACGGACCCCAGAUGACCCAAGCGUUUGCUACUUCUCAUACGGGGCCAUGAUGGAUCAGCCUCCCCUCUUUUCGCCUUUCCGUCAUUCUCAUAAUAUUAUUACUAACAUAGAGGGACCCAAUGAUGGUCUCGUUAGUGUAACAAGUUCGAAAUGGGGUUCAUACAAGGGAACUCUAGUAGGUGUCAGUCACCUGGAUUUAAUCAACUGGACAAACCACCUAAAAUGGACCUUGUCAAAGUGGAUGGGUCACGGACCAAAAUUUAACGCUAUAGCAUUCUAUCUUGAUAUAGUUGACAUGCUCUCAAAAGAGGACUUAUAGUUCUAAAGUCUAGACUUAGAAGUUUCUAGGUUAUAGAAAGAAUUUCCUCUCAGCCAGAGUUGAUACCAUGGAAUACUCUAUAUUUCAGGUGCGAUGCUUAAAGGCAUAUAUAAGAUUUCCACC